UGGUAAUCAGACUCCAUUAGCCACUCAUCCUACACUUUGAGUCUGGUGACACUGCGGUGGGGUGAUGCAAGGUGCUAUAUUUGCCUCCCCUGUUUGUGAGACAAAUGACUCCUACCCACCCCAGCCACCAUACAACAACAUCCCAUGUGUUCAGAGCUGCUGUGUUAAUGUGAAAAGUUGUAGUCUCUGUAGGAUUGGAGCGGUAUAGACAGCGAAGGUCCUCAAGCUACUGGUACCAAAAUAGCAGAUGACCAUUUCUAUUUCAUCUGUCGCCCACUCGACACCAAACAGUCGCUCAGUUAUUUGCGCUCACUAACUUCUUCCUGUGUUACAGCGCUGGCCUUGCCGGCAACUAUUUCGGUAGGGUGUGUUCAGUUCCUUCUUCAGCCUCCUUCAAGUGCUUACUUGAACAUGGAUUUCUACCAUGAGCUUCAGGUCGUGUUCAUUUUCGUAGUGUUCCUUUAUGGAGUAACAGAGAAGUUUGACUUCACUUGGUGGCUUGUGUGAAAUUUACCUUUAAGGAUUUGUCCAAGGAUGAAAUACAGAACCUCAAAAAAGGAAUAUCACAAUGUAAUCUCCAAUAUGUGGUGAUGACAAUGCAAGAAGUGUCAAGCCAGGUCAAUUCUGCAUCAGACUGAAGGAACUGGGCAAACACAUUCAUCAUGAGCAACCAGGAGAAGCGUCAAAGGACAAGCAUGCAACACCUCCGCUAUCUUGAUAGCUUUAUGGAUGAAAUAGACCGUGAGGUCAUGAGCCUGACGGAUCGAGCUUUCAAGAGUCUGUGCAUCGGAGAUGAAGCAAUCUACAAUGACUCAGAGUUUUCCCCUUCUCCAGUCAGCUGCCACAAGCCAGUGGUGGAGGACGUCUCAAAAAAGACUCAGGAGAGCUCAGUUUCUGCUGUCAAAAAACUUAAUUCUUACCCCCUUAAUGGAGCGAAUGAUUUAUUGAGUAGAUCAAACAAGUCAUCCAAAGACUCAGCACUUUUUGCAGUAUUUUCAGCCAAAAAGAAUGGUGAGAGCACCAAGAUGACAAAUGGUGAUUCAUGGGACAAAUCGGCUCUACUCAGCAUCCAAAGAGAGCUCUCUGAGUUUUCUUCAGAUUACCACAGUUUAACAGCAGUACAUCUUUCCCAAGCCAAGAAUCAUCUAAAAUCAGAUGAAAAAGGGUCUGGCAAGAAAUCAAGCAAGGAUGUAUCGCUUCCCUCUGGAAAAUCCUCUAAGUGUAAACACAGCAAAAACAACAAACUGAGAAAACUGAAUUCCAUCAACUUUUUCCUCCACAGUGAAUUCAGUCCGUUCUUGUCAUGGAGGGAUUUUAAUAAAUUCUCCAUUGGUCAGGAGCACAUACCGGAGAUUAUGUUAAGCAACAGGCGACCUGAAUGGUAUGAUUCACCUCUUUACAAAGAGUUAACUGCGGCACAUGGACACUAUCAAUUAAGUUUCCCCCCAUCAGUGGAUAAAGAAGUCGAAAAGUGUCCUAAACAAAGUGAGACUCAAUCACAGCUUGCAUCUGUACAAUCCGCAGCACCUAGUGUACCCCCAAAACCAGAGAAAGAGUCCAAGCACAUUCAGCAUAAUAUUCCUACAAAGGCCCCUCCGCUUGCCUCUGAACAGAGAUGUAAUUCAGAAAGGGUGGAACCUUGUGUUCCCUGGCGAAAAAGCAGAAGUAGAGCAAAAAGUGCUGCUCCUGUGGGGCAUUCCAUCUACUCAGCAAGCGCUGAAGAAGGGAGUGCACAGGCAUUUAAAGAAGUGAAGACAAUAGAGGACCAGACCUCCGCUAGUUCAACUCCUUUCAGUAUUUCACAGCUGUUGACACCAGUGAUACCCUCCAGACAUGGGACAGGAACCUCAGAGAUCCUGCUCUCACCCACUACCCUGGAGCUCCCACCACUCCCGGAGAGAGAACUGCAUCCGUCACCUGAGAUUAAAAGAGAGGGGUACAAAUCCAUAGCAUCAAGCUUGUUGUUCAAUCUCAAAGACAAUAGAAAACGGGUUAAGACAAUGUACAGUCCACCUAAGUUUAAAGGUUUGGAUGUGGCAAAUCAAAGCAAAGGGUCUCCCCAGCCUGAAGUGUCAAAAGAUGGGCUUGAAAUACCAGAGAUUUCAGGAACUACAACUAUUUCAUCUGCUCGUCACAAAGCCAUCAUCUCUCAGAUGAGUCCCUUGUUGGAAACUGCAGACACUCAAACUUGCUCUCCUGCAAAUGACGGGAUGCCAGAUGACUAUUUGGCAUUAAGCCUGCUUCAAUCUGGAAAAUUAAAAUCAAACAGGAGCCCUGCAGCUAACAAGGCAUCUUACCCCUCAUUACAACUUUACAGAAAAACUAGUCCUGAGGAGAUUAAUAUUAGAGCAAAUGCUCAAACUGUGGUUGACACCAGUUCUCAGUCUUUCACAGAUAAAGCUAGCAAAGAUUGUGACACAGAGCAUAAUUUUCCAAGUAAAUUGUUUAAAAGUGCAGAGUUGCAAAGCAAAAAUAAUCCUGUAGAGUCAAUGCUAAAUGCCCCAAAACCCACUGUAGGUUUACAUAGCGAAAUGUCUCUUGAAAACAAAUCUGGUAAAAGUCUGAGUGUAAGUUUAACAAACCUGGAAGAGCAAGUCAUCAGUGAUGGUACAAAUCAAAUUACGGACAGGUUGAAAACUAGAGAAACAGUCAGUGCACAGAAAAGCCCCGUUAAAGACAAGGAACCACACGGAAAGGAGGCAGGAGCAAAGCAUGUCUUUUCUGCACGACAGAACAACUACAUUAAAAGUCAGAGAUUUGUAAGUACAGAUGAUGAUAAUCAUCGUGAUAAUGAUAGUUCUAAUGCACCGUUGACUAUACAGGAUAAAAAGGAAAAUGACAAGUGGUCCAGGCAUUCCAAAAAUCCAAAAACAAAAGAGAUAAGACAAGAGACGCAUAAUGCAAACACACAUAAAGAUAAAGUAAUGGAUGGACCACAAUUGAAAGAAAGGGUUCAUGUAAGAGGAGAGGCUAACACAGCUAAAGACCAGAGCAGUACGACAUCAAAGAGUGGUUUGGAAACUCAAAGAGAGCAAAAAGGAAACUCUGAAACAAUGAAAAGAAACAUUUCUGAAAAGAGAGCACUAUUUGCAUCAAUGGAACAGGUGCCUAAUAAGACAAAUGCACCCUUAAAGAAAGAGAAUGCUGUUAUCGAUAAGUACAACCUGGCCAAAAUGGCUUUAGAGGAAGUAAUUGCUGAACGAGAGCAAAGAAAGUUGAAAAGUAAAGAGGUCUCAAAUGCAGGACGUUCACUCAUUGAUAUAAAAAGAGUCGAUUGUGAAAAACCUCAAGGUGGUAGUGAGUUACCCACCAGUGGAGAGGACCAACUGUCUAGUAUGUUCUCGCUGAAUGAGAGGGGGAAAAGUGCAAAAGAUGGCAAAGGUCAGAAUACUGUGUCUGCUUUUAAAACAAACUGGCAGACUGUUCAAACGAUGUCAGAAGACAUGGCCAAACAUGGUGAAAGUCAUGUGCCUGAGGUAAAAUUAGCCAGGCCCUGUAAGCAGGAAGCAUCUAUUGGGCAGUGCCAGCAUGCAGGACCUAUAAAAUAUGAGAGAGACAGAUUGUGCCUAAACAAUCAAGAAAGCAACACAGAUAAUGUCAGCAAGGAUGAUAAAAUAUGUCAAAAGAAAGAGUUGAAGAAUAAAAAUAUAAGUCAUGCAAAGAAAUGCACAAAAACAGCUGAUCAAUUGAAAAGUAGCAAUAUUCGCAGUGUGGAACAGUGUGAGGAAGAGUUGGGCGUUAGCUCCUUUAAACCUGAGAUACCCCCAAGAAGAGGGAGAAGUAAUUCUCAAAGUAAUGACAGAGUAGGUGAAAAGAAAGAAAGUAAUUUUGACUUUAAAAGAGAAGGUGACACUGCAGUCAAAACUGAGGAAAUGGAAAGUAGGGAAGUUAAGAAAGUUCAGUCAAGACAAUCAAAGAAUCGAGGCCCUGUAAGAGGAAAUGUAUCGGCUCUGAAAGAGAAAUAUGACAAAGAAAAUAAGGUCAACCUCAAGGAUGUUCAGAAAGGUCAGCCUGUUGAAGGUACAAGCUGCGAAAAGCCUACAGAAGAGGGACGCAAUGAAAGGGCUGCAAAAGACAAAAUUAAACAUAAAUUUGUUCCACCAAAACUCACAGUCAGUGAUCCUGAAAGUGGGACUUAUUCCAUUAUCUACAAGGAGAUGGAUUCAGAGAGUGAAAGAAAGUCUAACAGCUCCUCUAAAGAAUCAGAAAGAGGUGAGGAACAUUCAAAGAGGAAACACAGUGUCACCCAAGACUUCCAAAAAGCUAUACAUGAUCUCACAAACAACACAAAUGAAGAAAUGCAAGACAACAAAGUAAAAACGAAUGAGAAGGAGGGGGGUUCUGUAAGUCCGAAGGAGUUCGGAGACAAGCAGAACAAAUCCAAAGGUCCUUGUAAAAGCUAUAUGAAAGACUUCUUUAGUGGACUUCUUGGAAUUUCAAGCUCAGAAAGGGGAAAAAAUGUAGAUGAACAUGAGGAGGAACUCUCUGAAACACUGUCUUCAGAGUCUUUCAACCCCGACAAAGCCAGAAAGGACAGUAUCAAAGUAUAUGAUAUUCUUGGACAAUCUCAUACUGUAUCCUCAUCAAAUGGUAAACAAACACAUCACAGCAGUCAAUCUUCAAACUCAUGUGAGCUCUCUCUAUUGCAUGAAUCAGAACAGGGGGCGCAAUCACAACCUGAAGAGUUGGUAAAUAAAGCAGAGGUCUGCUACAUGAAAGACAAAGUUGAUGGAAAGAUGAAGGAGAAUUUCCAGAAACCAACAACAGAUUCCUGCUCCUUAAGCAACCAUGAAAGUGAGCCAGAUGUUUCUCCACCGAGUGAUGUGGACAAAAGGGGAUGGGUGCAGAGCUUGAUUGAGUCAGCUAGAAACUUAACACAAAUAUCACACAGUCAUACUUCCUCUAAGGAUCAACCUGAAAUAGAUCAACAGCUGUCUCAGAAGGACCACUUGAAUGGAUCUGAGAAAGAUAAGCAAGAUCUGGACCUCUGCAAGGACUGUGUCCAUUCUCCAGUUGCCAUACCAUCAGUCAAGACCCCCCAACCAAACCAACCAGCAAUGCAUUUCUUGUCCCUUCCGACAAAUCACCUGGUCAAAGAGGGAAAACUGUCCGUUGGAAGUGCCUCUGUGUCUGAGGAGGAGGAGAGGCGCUCUGCUGUGAGCACUUUAUCUGAAGGCCUGGACAGCUAUGAAACAAGCGGAGGGGAUACAAUGGAGGAGAACUUCUCUGGCAUUGCACCAGCAGAGGAUGCGGAGGGAUCCAAGGCACCCAGCGAGAGAUCUGCUUCAGCCUGCAGCGGAAAUGAUAGUAAUGGUCAGAACAAGCCGCCUGUUGUACCUCCAAAAACUGAAAAGGCUCUACGCCGAGCCAUGAAGCUCACCACACGGAGGAUACAAAAGGCUGAAGCUAAAAGCAAAUCUGAGCGUAAAGGGAGGAGCAGUGACAAAAGUGUCAGUCACAAGGCUGAGAGGAGGCACCACAGCAUCGACCAAGUACUUGACAGAUCAGAACACAGCAGUGACAGAAUCAGCAGUAAACACAGCGAGCAUCUCAAUGACACAAAUGAGCACAAAACUCAAAGAAGCGAGAAGCAUACUAGACGCCAUAGUGGUCACAAGAGUCAAAUAGAAGAGAAUGAACCUAGUAGAAAAUUGCAACAUGCAACCAAAGACAAAGAAAGACAAACCAGCCAAACUGGUGACUUAAAGGGCCAUCGCACUGAUGGCACAUCAAACCACGGGGAUCAUUUGGGGAACGGCAAUAUAAGUAAUGACAGUGAUCGAUUAGGUCGAAGCAAUGAGAAACACUUGCCCAAGAAACUGGAACGUAGGACUCAAAGUCUGGAUAGAUUUCUAAGGGAAAAAAACGAAAACAUGUCAAGUAGCACUGUUGGUUUAAUAGAAGGAUCACAGUACUCUACUCCAAAGGCGUUACCUUUGCGCCAAAACAGCAUUGAACAUACUUAUGCACCAACCACUAAUCUUGUAACACAGUCCUUCCCGAUCACCCAGAGAAAGCUUUUACAGGACCCUGACUCAGGACAGUACUUUCUGGUGGAUAUGCCAGUACAGGUCAAAACGAAAACUUUCUUUGACCCAGAAACUAAAAGUUAUGUGCAACUGCCAGUACAGUCUCCUGAGGCUGCCGUGCGACAAGCUCCGCCAUUGGAGGUUAUGAACACGCCACCACUUAUGCUGUAUCAUGGGUUUGUUCCCAUGCCCGUGUCAUCACAGAAGUCUGUUGUCAGGACUGGAGGAUCUAUGAUUCCUCCCGAUGACCUGGAAGACUUUGAACCUAGCAGGAAACAGGAGGACUUUUAUCAAAUAAAUAAUGAAGAAGUAAAUCCUUACAUUGAGCCAGUGUAUAUAUCACAAGAACAUACACCUGAAGAGGAAAUUGAUAGUGUGAGAUGACAACAUCCUGACUGAACCAGUGGAUGGUCUAGAGAUUGAAUGUGACUGAAAUCAGGGAUUUGUUUUGUUUGUAGAUGAAUGCAGUUUUCACCAUUUCCAACUUGCAGUCUGGUGUGACAUGGAAAAGUUUUUGUAGUAUGGAUGCUGUUCAUUGUUUGUAGUACACAAGACUUGGAUUGUAAAUGUUUAUUUCUUCUUAAAGUAAGGCAAUUAGCUAGUUCUCUUACUGUUAAAAGCACUUGUCUAUUUGUAACAGCAGGGUUGAGAUUUGGAUUCGUGCCUUAUUGAAAGUAGCUUUGCGUUCAUAAAAAUAUUUGAUCAUUAUUUAACAGAUUAUUUUGAUACAUCUUGUAUUUGAGGUUUGGAAAUACACUAGUCCACAGUAUUUUUCACAGCAGAAAAGUAUUGUAAAAAUUAAGAGAUUAACAUAGUUAAUGUGUUUUAUAUGCUUAAAAUGGUGUAUUUGACAAAUGCUGAUUGCAUCACUUUCCAGGGUGCAUUUUGGAAUGAAUCCAUUUAAAUGGAUUGUUGCUUCAGAAAAGAACCAUUCCAAUAAAAGCAUCAUCAAUGA